AUGACUCUCCUCGCUGGCCGGCUGUUGACAUAUGCUAUCACAGCCACUGCUGGCAGUGGCUUCCUGCUCUUCGGCUAUGACCAGGGUGUGAUGUCCAGUCUGUUGACUGGAGAUGCAUUUGUUGCAAUUUUCCCCGAAAUUGAUACAACCAAGUCAGGGCACGGAAGCUCUUCUUUGCAGGGGACAGUUGUUGCCAUUUAUGAAAUCGGCUGUUUCUUGGGUGCAAUUCUCUCGUUAUUCUUUGGUGAACGGCUCGGUCGACGCAAGUGCAUCCUGGCUGGAUGUGUUAUCCUCAGUAUCGGUGCUGCGCUUCAGGCCAGUGCCUACAGCAUUCCUCAUCUCAUUGUUGGUCGCAUCAUCGCCGGUGUUGGAAAUGGUCUCAACACCAGCACUAUUCCCGUCUGGCAUUCCGAACUAAGUAAGGCUGCAAGCCGAGGCAAGGGACUGGCCAUCGAACUGGCUAUUAACAUCUUCGGUGUGAUGCUCUCGUACUGGGUUGACUACGGAAUGAGUUAUGUCAAGAACGAGGCCCAAUUCCGCUUUCCCCUCGCUCUACAGAUAUUGUUCGCUAUCCUCACCUUCUUCGGCGUGCUUUGUCUUCCCGAAUCUCCUCGUUGGCUUAUCAAACAUGGCCAUGAAAGCAAGGCUCGCCAGAUUAUCUGGUCACUCCAGCACAACGCUCGUGAAAUCGAGGUGGAUGAUCCAGUGGUGAAUGUUGAUGUCACAGAAAUCACUCGGGCAGUUGAGGAGGAAGAGGAAGCAUCCUCGGGAGGAUCCUUCAGGCUCCUUUUCCAAAACAACAAGCAGCGCUUCUUGUACAGAACCCUGCUCGGAAUGGGAGGACAAUUGAUGCAACAGAUCUCGGGAAUCAACUUGAUCACCUAUUACGCAACUGUUAUCUUCGAACAACUUGGUCGCCGCAAGCUCAUGAUGUUUGCCGUAAUUGGACAAGGAUGCUGCAUGGCUAUUCUGGCUGGCACUGUCUGGGAUGGUGGACGCUCUGCAGGCCUGGUUGCCACUGUCAUGCUAUUCCUGUUCAACUUCUUCUUCGGCGUAGGCCUUCUCGCUAUUCCCUGGCUUUUGCCCGCAGAAUAUUCACCGCUGGCAAUUCGAACUCGUUCAGCUGCUAUGGCAACCGCGACAAAUUGGAUAUGCACAUUCCUAGUUGUGGAAAUUACCCCAGUCAGCAUUGCCAAUAUUGGCUAUAAGACUUAUAUCUAUUUUGCCAUCUUCAACUUCUGCUUCUUACCGCUCAUCUUCUUCUUCUAUCCAGAGACACGCAAUCUCACUUUGGAGCAGAUCGAUCGCCUAUUCACUGGCGAAAAUGUUCAGCUUCACUGGGAUUCAUCUAUGGGUAUUGCAGGAGACGUUGACACUCGUGUCGGCAAUGCUACGACUAAAGAUCUUGAAAAUGUUCAAGCUCAGCAUAUUGAGUAA